AUAAUGACUUCUACGACAGUGCUUAUUGAUCGAGUGAUGCAUGUAAUGUAUAGAGUAGUUAAAGCGACAAGGUUAUAUAGUGGCCUAGGAUUCAAAUUGGUUGAAUGUACACGUCUUUAACCAGAUGACCGCGAAAACAAACUGAGAGAAGACGUCUUACGUUUACAUAAACAAAGUUAUUAUCUUGCCUAUACUCGUAUUGCCUUUUAUGACUGUAAUAUAGAAUUAUCAUUAGGAAAAUGCUCAAGUUAAUUUUAAUUUGCUCAGUGUCGUGUUGCGUGCAAACUGUGGGAUCAUAUAAGGAUUUUAACGCAAUAAUAAGAAAUAAAAGGCAAGAUGUCGACUCCAGGUGGUCGUGGGGAUUCGUUGACGAUUAUGAAACGACAACAAAAACAAGAAGCCACGAGCCAUACGUAAGCCCCAGUCCAGAACCAGAACCAGAAGUGUGUCAACCGUACAACCCACCUACUCCAGACUUCGGGGCUCCUGGUAAGAGGAUCAGCCAAGCGAAAUGCGAGGAGUAUAUUUGGCACAUGAAAACUCGAGAUGAGAGACAAAAGAGGCGCAACCUGUGCACACAGUAUCUGCUGAGUCGACCGAAUAAAAUGCCUGUCCUCGCGGCAAUCGGUGGCCAUAUUACAAUACCAGGGGAAUAUCCGCACAUGGGAGCAGUGGGUUGGAAAGCGGCUGGUGGUGGCACGUGGAUAUUUAAAUGUGGCAGUUCUCUUAUCAGUCACAAGUUCCUGCUGACCGCGGGGCACUGCUCCCGCACAUCCAGCAGAGACCCCUCUGUUGAAGACCCGGUGCCGAAAAUAGUUCGCCUUGGGGACAAAAAUAUAGCUGACGUGUUCUCCAACCGCCAACUCCCCACUGACAAGACCAUCUUGAAAAUAACCAAGCAUCCAGAAUACGCCGCACCAAAGAAGUACAACGACAUAGCGAUCAUUGAGCUGGUGGAUGCUAUCACGGACUUUACUGAGCUGAUCCAACCAGCUUGUCUUUGGACCAGCUUUGACACUAGCAGUCUAGGUUAUAAAGCCAACCUUACUGGCUGGGGAGUGAUCGAGACGACUGGUCUCCAAUCGUCUCCCGAGCUUCAGGCAGCGGAGGUGGACAUCAUCGACUCUGGCGUUUGCGACCAGCUUCUGCGGCCGUUUUGCAGCAGGUUGUGGUGUGGUCUUCAGGACGGGCAGAUCUGCGCAGGCAAGCUCGCUGGUGGCGUAGAUGCUUGCCAGGGUGACUCCGGCGGCCCUCUCCAAGUGCGAAUCCCUGGUGUAAACGUCCCCGGACAAGGCACGAUGCACUACGUGAUCGGCGUGACUUCGUUCGGCAUCGGCUGCGCCCGCUCCAACAAGCCGGGCAUCUAUGCCAGGGUGUCGCACUACAUUGGCUGGAUUGAGGAGAUUGUGUGGAAAUAAAAUACUGCGAAAAUUGCA